UCCAUGCUUAGGAAACUUAUACAUGUUUAGUAUAUACUAUAAAACAUUUGAAAAAUGGUUUUUCACUCCGUCUUCAACAUUUGGAGUUUUGGACUAUAGCUUUUUCAACAAUAAUAGCAAUAGUCUCAUCCCACUUUUUUUUUUUUUUGAACUCAGUAUUUCCUCGUCCUGAGUCAGAUACUGAUUUCUUGAGAAAUUGAAAUUUAUGAGGUUGAUCUCUCUAACGGAUCAUGCAUACAAAACAAAGAAUCAAACUCCUAAUCACAUGCUUAAAUAUUAUAGUUAUCUGCCAACAAUAACAUAUUAGGAUAAUAACCUCUUUCCACUUUAAUUGAUAGAGAUUAUAGUUUUUCCCAAAAACAAAAAAGUUCAGUGCAUGAGUCUCCCUUCUAUAAGUCUGGGAACGGUAUAUACAUGCAAGUUUACCUAUACAAAGAGAGAUAUAAUCUUUUCUACCAUUAAAAUCUGUGACUUGUAAGUCACAGGGUAGAACCUUAAUUAUCAUUGGGUAAUGCCUACCACUUUCUAUUACAAGUUCUUCCUGAAGGCAACAAAAGUGGAGUUUGAGAAUUUUAUGAGGUGUUCCCGUAAUGCAGUUUAUAAAUAACUUGGGAAAUAAAUAAAGAGAUGCUUUACAGUUUUUAGUAUUGCUUUAGGCUAUGCAAACCAUGUGCAUGAAGAGAUGCUUCCCCUUGCCAUGUUGUUUUCAAAUGAAUUAAGUGUAAAGGCGAAGUCAAGGAUAAAAGGACUUAUAAGACAAACAACUACCUUAUAUAGCUUAGUCCAACUCCAAGUGGAAUCAGAUUCCAAAACAAAUAGACAAUAAAUAUAAAUAUGAAUAUGAAUAUCAGUUGAUCCACGACCAAGAUCACGAUCAUAUUCAUAUUCUCUAGCUCCCACAAACUCCUUUUCCAUUUGCCUUUUGGCUUAUCCAAAAUAAAAAACCAAUCGUGGGUUCCGUCAAUUCUCACCCCAUGUCAGAAAAGUAUUGUUGCAUGGUCAUGAGAAUCAACGUUGACUGCAAUUCUUGUUGCAGAAAAUUAAGGAGGAUCAUUCUAAGGAUGAAAGCGAUAGAGAACCAUAUGAUAGAGAAGCAGCAGCGCAGGGUAUUUGUGUUUGGCAGAUUUGAACCAGGGGAUGUUGCAAUAAAGAUAAAGAAAAAGAUGAACCGAAGAGUUGAGAUCCUUGAAGUUCAAGAAAUGGAGGGUGAAGCUCAAAAUGAAGGAGAAUAGAAACUAGAUAGAAGAGAGAAGAGAGAAUCAUGUCAUGCAUGGCACAUAGUGUAUAUAAUAUUUUACUUGCAAAUGUGGUUCUCAAACUAGCUGGGAAUUGAAGUUGUAUUUAAAAGAAGAUGAAAAUGGAUGCAAAAUAGGAUCCUGAAAAAUUAAAAUACACCAGUUACAUGUAGAACUCUUGGAUUUUUUUUUUUUGUUACAAUGAGUGGUAAGAAGGGGUUUAUUGCUCUACUUGGAUUUAUUUACGGAUACUGUUGACAUGCUGGAAACACCAGAGAGAACUAACCUUGAAAAUUAUUGUAAAGAUUUUUAAAUUCCACGGCCAAAUUCUAUAUAGUUU